AUCCCACUACCGUUGGGUCUCACAAGGGAUCGAUUAUGUCCUACUCCAAAAGCAUCAAUUCCAGUCACCGGGCUUAUGGUAGUUUCGGACCAAAUUCCAAGGCUGCGGCUUUGUUCGAUGCAGCAUUUUCCAAGCCUCUCGGAAGGAGAACCAGCUCACGGAUCUCCUAAGCAAGUGUUUUCACCACCUAUUAGUCUGCCUGAAAGCACAUCAACCGAUGGGACAACAGAAAAUGAUAAUGGUUUGUCGAGCAGUAGCAGUGAUGAGGAUAGUCAGCCAAUUCCUAAUCAGGAAAGGCCUUUGAAUUCUGCAGCUUCAUCCACUUCCUCCCUUAACAGCGCGAUGCAAGCGACAGCCCUACGAUCAUCUCAUUCCCCUCAUCCUCACAGCGGUACUGUCCGCACAUCUUCAUCUGCCUUCGACUUCGAUGACAAAGACGACUCACCCCCUCCGUCAAUGAAGAGAAGCAAGAUGUCGCCACCAUCAUCUUGUGAGCAUUGA